UGUUCUGAUCACUGCUGAAACCUGUCUUUUCAGCCACAACAGGCACGUAGCUGUGAAAAUAAUAAAAAAUGUCCCUACGUGCACGGAGGCAGCUCACUUAGAAGUACAGGUGCUGCAGCAUUUAAAGGCAGUGGAUCCCAACGGUAGAUAUCACUGCGUCCGGAUGUUAGAAUGGUUUACGUACCGUGACCACGUCAGCAUUGUUUUUGAGCUGCUGGGGCUCAGCACCUAUGACUUCCUUAAACAGAAUGGCUUUCUGCCCUUUGAGCUGGACCACAUUAGACAGAUGGCAUAUCAGAUCUGCGAAUCUGUGAACUUUUUGCACCUGAAGAAGUUGACUCAUACAGAUCUGAAACCAGAAAACAUUGUAUUUGUGAACUCAGACUAUGUUAAAAAGUAUAGCCACAAAUGGAAAUGCAAUGAACGCACCAUAAAAGAUCCAGCCGUCAAAGUCGUGGACUUCGGCAACGCGGUAUAUGACGCUGAGUAUCACAGCAGUCUGGUGUCCACGAGAUAUUACAGAGCUCCUGAAGUCAUCCUAGGACUGGGGUGGUCACAACCCUGUGACGUUUGGAGCAUUGGAUGUGUCCUCGUGGAAUACUACACUGGAUCCACACUGUUUGAUGCCAGGAGGGACGAAGAGCAGCUGGCAAUGAUGGAGCGAGUCCUGGGGCCCCUGCCAGAUGACAUGGCCAAGAGAAGCAGGAAACGCAGAUACUUCUCUCAUGACCGGCUGGAUUGGGAUCAACGGAGUCCAGCUGCUAGAUACAUGUUAAGCCAGUGUAAGCCACUGAAGGAAUUCAUGACCUGCCAGGACGCUGACCACCAGAACCUCUUUGACCUCCUUGGCAAGAUGCUGGAGUACGACCCAGCCAAGCGCAUUACUCUUGAAGAAGCUCUGACACAUCCUUUCUUCUUCCCCUUAGAAAGACGCACCGCCCCUCCACCUAAGAAGGCUGGCAUUUUUUGCCUUCCACCAAAGAAACGUAGACAAUAUUAAGUUAGUUAACUAAGUUAAU